CCUUCAUGCAUUGAAACAACUCUACACGAAAUAAGCAUACAAUCAAAGCUGACGCCAAUCAAUUGCAAAGCAAACUCAGAAUACGAUCCAGCGUCGAACCGGAGCUCCGUGGAUCUACCCACCUUGCGCGCUUACGAUGGAUUUGAACCAGCGUCCCGUGUCUUCCUACCCAUGGCGUUAUAAGUCCCUGUAUGACUCUAAGAUCGUACCAAGUAUUGUGGAUUCAAAUCUUUACGAGAAUGAAGGAAGCCAUUGUUCAGCCAUCCAUCGAGGCCGUUGAGGUCAUCGAAUCACCAAUCCCAAUUCCUGCAGAUGGUGAGGUCGUUAUAAAAGUGAUAGUGGCCGGCACCAAUCCCAAAGAUUGGAAAAUGCCGAAUUGGAAUAAUCACCCUCACAACAGCGGCGACGAUAUGGCUGGUUUCGUUCACGCUAUUGGAGCUCUCGUGAAGGCUUUCAGAAUCGGUGACCGAGUAGCUGCCUACCACCGUUCAGGUCACCCUCACGGAAGCUUCGCAGAGUACGCAGUCGCACCAGAACAUAUGGCGUUCCACAUACCUGAGUCUCUGUCAUUUGAGGAGGCUGCGACAAUACCCCUCGCAUCGCAAACCGCAGCGCUCGCGCUCUUCGUUGACCUGAAAUUGCCACUGCCGUUCAUUCAAGAGACUCUGCCAGUGGAAAGCUUGAUGAGAAGAGAACCUCUCCUAAUCUAUGGGGUUACAUCGGCCUGUGGAGCUUUCGCUGCGAAGCUUGCACGUCUGUCUGGUGUCGGGCCCAUCAUUGGCGUCGCCGGUCGGGCUGAAGAGUUCGCGAAAACCUUAGUAGAUUAUGUGGUAGAUUACCGCAAUGGCGAAGAUAGGCUGGUUGCCUCCAUUGAGGAAAUCCUUAAGAAAGAAGGUCUACCAGCCAAGCUGCCAAAAGUCUUCGAUGCCAUUUCAGAAAAUGGGUCGCUAGAAGCGACACUGCGUAUCAUUGAUCCAGAUAUUGGCGUGGUCUCUACGCUUCUCCCACCUAAACUAUUCGCGAAAGACAAAGAGGCAUAUCGGUACCCAAAAGCCGUUACUGCGAUAAAUACAGCUGCACCAAAGCUAUUCAAUGUGCAUAAGGAGUUUGGAUAUGUGUGGUCAAGAUAUACGUCAUGGUUGUUGCAAGAGCAGCGACUGGUCGGUCAUCCUUUUGAGGUUGUGCCUGGAGGUCUACAUGGCGUGUUGACAGGACUGAGAAAGUUGUAUGAAGGAAAGGCAAGCGCUGUGAAGUUUGUGUAUCGUAUCGGCGAGACUGGUGACCUGGGUAUGGUCCGAUUGGAAGCAGAAG